GGGCGUGGCCUGCAGACUCCUUACAGCAUGGCCGCCGGUGCUGCUGCUGCUUUAACGUUCCUGAGCCCGGAGAGCCGAGUCCGGGCCGGGGGUGUCAGGGGUCAGCGGAGCCCGGCCCCGGUCACCAUGGACAGUUUCUUCUUCGGCUGUGAGCUCUCGGGCCACACUCGCUCGUUCACCUUCAAAGUAGAAAAGGAGGAGGAUGCAGAGCACGUGUUGGCAUUAACUAUGCUCUGCCUCACCGAGGGGGCCAAGGACGAGUGUAAUGUGGUGGAAAUUGUGGCCCGGAACCAUGACCACCAGGAGAUUGCAGUACCUGUGGCCAAUCUCAAGUUGUCUUGCCAGCCCAUGCUCAGUCUGGAUGACUUUCAGCUUCAACCACCUGUGACUUUCCGGCUGAAGUCAGGCUCUGGCCCUGUACGGAUUACUGGUCGGCACCAGAUUGUUACUAUAAGCAAUGAUGUUUCUGAAGAUGAUGAGAGUGAAGAGGAAGAUGAAGAGGAGGAAGCUGAGUUGUCCCCUAUCCUUCCUGCCAAAAAGCAGAAGGGCAGGCCCUAGCUCUCUUUGGUCAAGUAUCUGCCUGCUACAUGUGCUACACACCACAUUCCUGGACAAGUGUGAAGAACUGUAAAUGUUUCUUCUUCAUUGCAGAGGAGAGUGUAGGUCAGGACUUGGGUGGAAGAGUGGGGAAUGGUGUUAGGAUGGCCAGGGCAAUCUCCAUACGGCCUUGGUCCCACACCAUGCCUAUCUCUCCACUCCUCACGAGCAUUGGAAGUCAGUAUUUGAAGACCAGAACGACAUAUUUUUAAACUUUUUACAUUUUUAGAUAAAUGUUUAAAUAAAGUACUGAUGGGGUUUUGCAA